CUAGCAAGAGCAUAAACAAAAGAAAAUUGAGUGUCAUUCAACCUCGAAGAACACGGGCACGUCUUGGAAGUAAGUCUGCUAAAAUAUGUGAAACUGAAUUGGAUGUAAAUGUCUCUCCAGACAAGAAUGCCAUUAAGGAAGAGCCUGAAAUAGAAGUGGAAAAUCAUGAAAUCCAUGGAAUAGCAGAUCAGGAUGAUCGGGAAUUGAAAGGUAAGGCAAUAGUAGAAGAUUGUUAUUCAUCACAAAAAGGAAUAGAAGAUAGCAUGAUAACAGAGCAGUUUGACAGAGCUCAUGGAAUUGAAUUGGGCAGUGGAAAUAAUGCCCACAACAGUGAAAAACUGGAAGUCAUGGUUGAUCCGGUUCAGUCCAUGUUGCUAGACAUGAUACCAAGCCUUGGGACAAAAAAAGUUGAUAGUAUAGAUCGUGUUGUUGAAGAACCGAGGCCACCAGAGCAUAACACUGCAGAGACUUUAGAGAAAAAGAAAGUCAGCUACAAGGACCUUGCUACUGAGUUGCUUAGGGAUUGGUAAAUUGUUAUUAUUAGACAUAGUAACCCAGGUAAUUCUAUUUGUACAUCACAUAAAUUCUCAGUUUAGAUUAGUUGUGUCGUUCAGAUAUCAAUUUCCGAACCAAAAAUCAGAUGUUUACAUAUCAAUUUCUGAGCCAAAAAUAAAAUAAAAAAUAAAAACUUUUGCCCGAAAGUUGAUGUCUAAAUAUUUGAUUUUGGUUUGGUAGCUGAUAUCGGAACGGGUUCAAAAGGUGCAUACUGAGACAAAAAUGUGCUGUGAAAAUAGAAUGUACCCUAGUAACCUUGUAUCUAUUAUCAGCUGUAUAUAUAACCUAUGUCCAGUGAUGAAUACAGUAGUUUUGAGUUGAAAUGCAUUGUUGUAACUUGCUUAUGUUAUGUAUACACCAUUCUCUCCCAUUCCUUUUUCCAAA